CUCUGGUGCGAGGCUCAGUGCAGGGCCCAGGAUGGUGAUGCCAGUGAACCUUUCCUCCCGGGAAAGCAAACACCAGGUGGGUGCAGCCCGGUGCCGCUGGGGUACAGCAAAAACCCCCGGCCUCCCUGUGCUAUCUGCAGAUAGCAACAACACAAUGGAGCCAGGGACAAGGAGGGGGUGAUCAAGGCACUGAUUAUGGAGCUGUGUCCCUUUAGCAGCUGGCUGUCCCAGGCAGAGCUGUGCUCCCCAGCCCAGCUGUGCUGAAUCCAUGGCAGACUGCCGCAGUUCACCACACCGAGGAGAGCCCAUCGGCCUCCAGCUGUAGGGAGGCUGGGCUCAGGGCAGAGGCUGUGCUGGCUCUGGGAUUCAGGGUGACAAAUCAGCCCUUCGUGGGACGUCUUGCCAAAGGGACCUCAGUGAGGAGCAAAGCGUGCCUGCCCCGGGCCAAAAGGUGAGAGGGGACAGAAGUGACGCUGGAGUCAGUGAAGAGUCUCCACUUCUGCCCUCGCCCUUACCGCAAAUGCCCAGGUCACGAGCCCAGGGUGGAAUGUCACCUCUUCUCUCCACGACACGGAGUCCAGCUCCUGCCAAAAGACCGCAGGGGGGGCAGCAUCAAAGUGCCCCUGUCACUGUGAGAAAAUGUAAGGUGACUUGCUCCUCCUGCCCUUCCUGCUCAGGUUUUUCCCGUUUAUUAGAGGUUUGGGAGGUGAGUCAGGGAGCUGCGGGGUGAGGAUGGAGCUGGGGAGGAAUCGGCAGCUAAGGGAAAGGCAAACCAGUUCCAGGCACAGGUGAAUCACUUGGUGAAAAUACAUCGUAUUCUCUGGGAGACAUGCGUGGAUGGGGCUGGGAGUUAGCUGCAGCUUGACUCCAUCAGAAAAUUGUGGAGUCAAGAGAGAAAACAAGGCAAGGCAAGGGUGCUUUUCCAGUAAAUGAGACGAUAUUUUGCAAAGGAGCAGCCUGCAGCCGGCAAAGCUCCAGCAACCCGUGGUCCUGUGGCUCCCUUAAAAGGGGCGAUUUUAGCCUGGGACAGCGGGGAGACAGAAAAGCCAUAAACACCCUCAAAGGAAUGUGGCUGCCGAGAAAUGAGAAUCUCCGCAGGCGAGGCGAGGUGGGGGUAGCCUGGAUGGGGUUUGCAGCACCACUCCAUGCCUGGAGCCAGCCGAUUCCUUGGCCAUGCCCUGUCCCGAGGGAAGGACCCCUGUCCCAGUGCCAACAGUCCCUGUGUGGUGCUGGGGGAGGCUCCUGCCCAGCCCCGGGGGUGUCAUGUCCCCAUGCCAGACAUCCCUGCUUGCCAGCUGCUGGCACGGGAGCAGGUAGAGCUGGGAGUUUGUGUGCGGGCAGCAGGACACCAACCUCGGCCAAAGGAGGAGCAGGCAGGGCUGGUAGAGGGUGCCUGUCCCAGAGGAAUUUCCUCUUCAUCAUAUCCCACUUCUUUACAGGCUGAGCUGUUCUGCACAGACUUUGCCCUUAGUGCCAUGGAUCAGCCCUGUGUCCUGGGGCAUUGUGCGGGUUCUUGGGAAGAGCCCUUGGGGAUGGCUUGUCCCUGCAGGUAGCUGUGGGAAUGUGGUGACACCUCUGGGCCAGGGUCUCUCCUGCACGUCCCAGGCUGGUGGCAAAUGGAACAUGCAUCAGUCACAGCCUGGCUGGAAUGACCAUACUGCUUGCUUUUCUUCCAGGACUGAUGAAGAUGCAGCACGUGGCACUCUUCUGUAAAUAAAUGUUGUAGUUCAUUGUUUCUGUUGAUUUUUUGUAAAGAAAUAGUGUUUGGUUUUCUCACCCCAGCUCUUUUUGCAUUCGAUUUGGGUACAUGCAGUGUUUGCAGAGUUGUGGUUUCCAAUUGCUCUGGGUUCCUGUGGCUGGAGGUGCCUGGGUGUGGUGGUGCAGCUGCCCCAGGGAUGAGGGUACCCACGCACAGAGGGGUCCCACUUAUGAAGGUCCUGGUACUAGUCGUGUUCAUGGGCUGGGGCAGAGCAGUGUCCCCAAGAGCAAAGCUGUCACCAGCAAAGAGGGGGGUCUGACAUGACCAGCCUCCACAGCAAUGCUGCCAAAGAGGGCAGGAAACUUUCUGUUCCCCUUCUUGCUGGAGCCAAAGGGAUUCCUGGAGUGAGAGCUGGGAUCAGGCCACAGACAUGAAAAACCCCAAUUGAUGGCACAAUGACCGUGCAGCCUUGGGAACUGCUGGAGCCAGGGUCUGGGCAGAAGGUUUUAGAGUUGUAGGUGCUGAUGUUUAAAGCUUUGACCCUUCAAACACUCCGGGCUUUGCUUCCCGUCCUUCAUUGUGUUCUCCUGUGCUGUUCAAGAGACUCAAGCCAAGUGAAAAGAUCCUCGCCCUGCCUGCAAUCCUGCUGCUGGCAGCGGGCACUGUCCCACGUCCCCGACUCGUGUCACGCCUGGAGUGGGCAGCAGAGGCUGCGGUGGGCAGGGGGUGGGAGCCUUUGGGGUGAGGAUGCUGGUACGGGGCACCUGGCCGGGCUGCUGGCAGCCGGACCCGCCUGCGCCGACGCUUACCGGGGCCUCUCGGACUGCGUCCUCAAGCUGGGGGACAGCAUGGCCACGUACGAGGAGGAGGAGGGCAUCGAGCUGCAGGGGCUGCACCGAGUCUGCAGGUAUUGGGAUGAAUUCCACACCUGUGCCCUGACGGUGCUCUGGGAGUGCCAGAAGGAAGCAGCAGCUGUCUGGGAGAUGCUGAGAAGGGAGUCCCGAAAAACCAAAUUUCAAGGCAGCUUGUUCGACCUCUGCAGCCCCAGCAUGGCCCAAAGCUUUGCCUGGAGCCACGUUCCCAACAUUUCCAUCCUCAGCAUCCCCCUCAUCGUCACCUGGCUGAACUUAUAGACUGAGCUGAGUAUCCCAGCAAAAGUGAUGGCAGUGUGUGCUGUGACAUCCUUCAGAUCAGUUUUCCAAACCUUUGAGGAAUACACUGUGUGGAGCUCAGAAAUUCCCAGCUCCAUCCUGCACCUGUGAGACAUGGAAGAGCUCGGCAGCAUCUCCAGGGUAUUGAAAUUUCUCUGUAAUUUGGAAUAAUUCCUGUCCCCUUCUGCCUCAAAGCACAGGCACAGAUGUGGCUGUUGGGAUAUUUGGGAACUUGUAAAUACAGGGCACAGGAUUUGGGGAGAAAUGACAAAUUCUGGGAAAAUGCUGGACACUUCUGCACUCUUCUACAGCAACUGGAAAGAAACCUGUUUACUGUGCUGACACUUUCCACCAGAUCAACUCUCCAUGGUUUUGAUUUGGGCACUCAAAACAAGAUGGGUACUUUUCCCAUUGCUCCAUGAGGUGAAGGGGAUGGUGUCUGUCCUGUCACAGGCUGGAAGGAAACCUUACUGCCCUGUACUGACCUUUUUUCAAGGAUAUGGUAAAACCCCUGCUGAACAAUAAUCACAGUUGCAUGACUUCUUGCACACAUCUGAAUUCCUGAGUAACUUCUGUGUUAUGUGUAAAUCCCUUUUCUAAGGACAGAGGUGAAAAAUAUCUGGGGGAGAGGGGGUAUCAAGCUAGGAGGACAAAAGGGAUUUAUAGCAACUCUCUGCUUUAAAGCUUUUCCCAAGGUACCUGUAAGCAGCUGUGGGUAGAAGUGUGUAAUUCCAGAGAAUUAAAGUUUGUUGUAGAGCCAACAGCAUGGCAGAAGUUAUUUGUCUUGGCUCUUGCUCAACA